UUUUUCGGCACGAAAACCUUGAAAUUACCAAAUUCCGAAUGGGCUGGGAAUCGACGAAGACGCAUUGCCAGUGCAACGGCAACCAUGGUGCAGUGGCGAGAGUGCAGGAAUGUGCUCCAUCAAAGGAAGUCCUGUCGGCAUGCGCUCCCAUCAUAACGGCCGCAGUGAAGUCCACUUGUGGAGUAAGACGGAUGUUCGUUUCUGCCUUCAUUCUGAUCUUUUUGUUGGCCGCUAUAUAUUGGGUAUCCAUACCGCAUCAGCAAACGGAUCCCUUACGUCGACCAAUGAGAACUCAACCGCAAUCUUCUAGAAGUACCGUGCCGCGGUGAACGGAGAAGCCACGGUAACAUUGCUCGACAAUUCCA